UCCACAGGGAGACCCUUGUGCAACACAGGAAAAGAGGAAGUCAGAUUGAUAAGGGAAGUGCUGGCCACAGGGGGUGGAGAUGGGAGGGCCACACUCUCCUCGGUCCGGUCCUCUGAAGGAGCUGGUCCCGCUCUCCGGACCACUCUGCCCAGAUCUCGCCUCUCCCGAGUCCCCAGGGCCCCUCCAGGAGUGGCUGUCCUGUGCUGAUGGCUCUGCCUGUCUCACAGCCUGGAGGAGAGCAGGCCAUGGGCUGGGUCCUGUUGCCAUUGCUGCUGCUGCCAUCAGUGUCCCUGCAAGCUGGUAACUCAGCAGGAUCCAGCAGAAAUGUCCUCCCCUUUGGGGUCAUUCAGCCAGCACACCUGUCUGCUCCCGUGGGUGGCUCCAUUGACAUCUCCUUCUCCUUCUAUCACCCCUGGAAGUUGGCAAAGGAUCCCCAAGUGAGGCUGUUCUGGCGAUGGAAGCACUUCCAUGGGAAAUUUUUCUACAACACAACCCCACCUUUCACCUGUAAGGGUUUUAAGAACCGGCUCUCCCUGAACUGGACAAAGGGUGAGACUUCCGGCUCCCUCAGAAUCCAGAACUUGCGGGCAGAGGAUCAGUCCGUGUACUUCUGCCGAGUCCAGCUGGACACACAGAGCGAUGGCACAGAGGUGUGGCAGUCCAUCGAGGGGACCAGAGUCACCGUCACCCCGGCUGUCAAGACCACCAUGUGGAGUCCCACCAGUGUAGCCUCUAAAGCCACCACACCCGGUCUCAACUACACAGAAAGAAAGAAGAACUCAAAGCGUGGGUCCCUGAGUCUGGGAGCAACAGUGGGGGUGGCAGUGGCUGCUGCCAUUGCACUCUUAACCAUGACUGUGGGGCUGACGGUCUUCUUUGGGUGGCAGAGGAAGAAAGGUCGGCAGACUAAAGCCCCAAGCCCUGCCAGAGAAUUCGCCCAAACCAGCGAGGAGAACUAUGAAAAUACUGGGAGUAAGGGAAAACAUAAAGAUGCUCAGCUGAACCCCAAGAAUGACAUUGUCUAUGCCUCCCUCCUCAAUUUGACCUCUCCAGGAGCACCUUCCUGCCACCCUUCCCAUGAGAGCACCCAGGAAGAGACACUGUACACUGUCCUAAAGACCUAAUGAGUGGGAGCCGGGCAUGGUGGUGCACGCCUGUAAUCCCAGCACUCGGUAGGCUGAGGCAGGAGGAUC